AUGGACAUAAGCAGAUUAAAAUCGUUGAGAGCGGGGAACAAAGCAGCGGUGACGAAAGUUUUUAACAAGCUGGAGGACGCCAUCGUUGAUACGCCUUUAGACCCGGAGGAAAUAUGUACAUUAUUGGAAGCAAUUGAAAAGAAAAAGAAAACUUUAGCCAAUAUCGACGAACAGAUUUUAAAUACAGUGGACUCGGAGGGAAUUACUGAUGAAAUUAUAGAAACAGAUGAGUACUAUUUAGAGUUAGAAAGUAAAAUUAGAAAAUACAAAAAGUUCUUGAAACCCGUCGCCACCGCCACUUCUUCAAUUCUAGAUAGCAAUGCCCAAGAGUUUAUACCAAAUUCACAUUCAAACCCAUUUACGCAUUCCAGUCGGGAGCUGUCACAGACAAGUUCAACCUCAAGCCAAAACCAUCGCUUACCCAAGUUAACGCUACCAAAUUUUAGCGGAGAUAUAUUAGAAUGGCAAUUUUUCUGGGAUUCAUUUGAAUCGACAAUUCAUCAUAACAGUACACUAUCCGACAUUCAGAAAUUUUCAUAUUUGAAGUCCUUAUUGCAAUCAGAUGCCGCAAACGUAGUUUCAGGCCUCACCAUGACCAACCCAAAUUAUUACAAGGCUAUAGAACUUUUAACAAAUCGUUAUGGUCAAACCCACAAGAUAAUCAAUGCAUACAUGAGAUCACUUUUGGAUAUGCCGGUGCCUGAUGAGCGUUUAGAGAGUUUAAGAGCAUUUUACGAUAAGUCCGAGGCAUAUAUCAGAGGUCUAGAGUCAUUAGGCCAAUGCCAAGAAAUGUUUGGUUCAUUACUGAUUCCAGUUAUUCUAGGGAAAUUGCCGCCAGAUUUCAGGAAAAAUAUUACACGGGAAAACGGAAGUGAUGAUUGGAAUAUACAGAAACUACGAGACGCUAUUUGCAGAGAACUUUCAAUUCAAGAAUCAGGACAUAAUGAGUACAUGUAUCAACCGCCGACAGCUAAUCACACCGCAAAUUUUGUAGCAAGCGUUAAGAAGGAUUUUAGCAAACAAGGAAAAACAUCGAAGUCUCAAGGUAUGAAAAAAACAAUUAAUUCCGCACAAAGAAAACGAGCAUGCACAUUCUGUGAGGGGGACCACUUUUCCAAUGACUACACGGAUGUCGCCGAACAUGAAAGAAGAAUAGUCAUUAUUAAAGAAAAAAAAUUGUGUUUUAAUUGUUUUGGUACUCAUAAAGUAUCAGAUUGUCGCUCUAAAUACGACUGUAGAAUUUGCCACCGUAAGCAUCAUACAUCAAUUUGCAAGAAAAAUACAACACAACAAUCAGAAGAUAAGGACACCACAGAAACUUCAAUGCUGUACACAUCAGCCAGUCAAGAAACUUCAACCGUUUUGCUGAAAACAGCAGUAGCUCAGGUAAUGUCGGUGAAUAAUACAGCAGAGGCAAACAUACUUUUCGACGAGGGUGCACAACGGUCUUUUAUUACUGCAGACAUAGCUACUAAAUUAAAUGUACAAAAAGAGGGAUCCGAAAAUCUGAAUAUUGUUUCUUUCGGGAAUAAAACUAGCGGUAUUAGAAAUUUAGACAAAACCACGGUACAGUUGAAAGCCAAUAAUGGAGAGAUUAUACCUUUAAAAGUACUAAUAGUACCCAGCAUAGCAUCACCGCUUCAGAGCCAGAGUAGAAAAAUUACGCAGGGACUUCACUAUCUACAUGGCUUAUCUCUAGCCCACCCCGUUACAGACGCAGAGUCUUUUGAGCUUACUCUUCUAAUUGGAGCAGACUUUUAUUGGAAUAUAGUGCAAGAUAAAGUAAUACGUGGAAAUGGUCCGACUGCUGUAAGCUCUAAACUCGGAUAUUUGUUAUCAGGCCCAAUUCCAGUCAAAAACAAUAACCAGUCAACUUCAAUGAUGAAUGUUUUGAUAUCUCAUAAACAGGAAACUUGCGAUUUAGAGAAAUUUUGGAAACUGGAGUCUUUAGGAAUUGACGAAAAGGAAGUUGAUACGCAAUUGAUAGAUGUCAUGGAAACCUUUGCCGAAUCGUCCAUUACAAAACAAAAUGGGAAAUAUGUGUCCAAACUACCAUGGAAAGAAAACUGCCCGGAAUUACCAACAAACAAAGAGAUCGUCAAAAGAAGAACAGAAAAUCUAAUACGUCGUAUUUCAAAAGACAAAGAAAUGUUCCGAAUGUAUGGAGAUAUUAUAUCUGACCAAGAACGGAGAGGUUUCAUAGAAGAGGUAAGCGAUGAGACUCUUACUGAAAAUCGUAUUCAUUAUAUACCACAUCACGCUGUCAAGAAGUAUUCCACAACCACGCCUAUACGAAUAGUUUAUAACUGUAGCUGUAAAGCAAAUUCUUACAGCGCUAGUCUCAAUGAUUGUUUAGCAGAAUAUCCGCCUAUGAUGAACGACCUUACUACAAUUUGGACACGCUUUAGAAUGGAGAAAUAUGCAGUGACAGCUGAUAUAGAGAAAGCAUUUCUACACAUAGAAUUAGACGAAAAUGACAGAGAUGUUACGAGAUUCUUUUGGUUACAGAACCCCAACAAUCCGAACAGUCCAUUAAUAACUUACAGGUUCAAAGUAGUAUUGUUUGGUGCAACCUGUUCACCCUUCAUUUUGAGUGCUACAUUGAUGAAACACUUUAAGGAAAACCCAUCUAACACAUCCUCAGAACUUCUAAAGAACAUAUAUGUAGAUAACAUUCUAACGAGCUUUCCAGACGAGCCAUCUCUACUCAAGUUUUAUACAUAA